GUUCUCGGCUACCUUGCUUCCGCCGCUGGGCGCGCGCUCCUCGCGCGCCCGGGCACGACGGUGUGCGACUACGGCUGCGGCAGCGGCGUGCUGGGCAUCGCGGCCCUCGCCCUCGGGGCGGCGCGGGCCGCAGGCGUGGACGUGGAGCCCACGUCGCUGGCGGCGGCGGCGGAGAACGCGGCCGCGAACGGAGCCGUGCUGCCGACCGUGCCCAGAGGCGCGGCGUCGGAAGGCGCCGCGCGGCCCUGGCGCGGAGACGACGGGCCGUGCGGCGGCAGGCCGCUGGAGCUCUACUUGCCCCCCGCCGAGGCGCUGGAGAGCGACCUGGACUUCUUCUGCCGGUUUGGAAACUGGCAGAAUGUGGAGGCCACGCGAGGCUGGCCCCUGUUGCCUACACGCG